AUGUCGUCGAAACGGAAACUCGGCUCCUUGGGUCUUGAGCGACGGGUAAAAGCCCGGCGUGAGGAAGACUGGGAUCCGGAAUUGAGUGCCAGCGAAGAGGACGACUCAGGAGAAGAAGUUUCUGAAGAGGGAGAUGACAGCGGUGAUGAGGAUGAGGAUUUGGACGAAGCAGAGUCUGGUUCAGAGUCUGAAGAAGCCGAGGAGGAUGCGCCAAAGGUCGACUUCUCAUCCAUCUCUUUCGGCGCAUUAGCUCGCGCAGCAGCCAGCCUACCCCCCUCUGAGAAGAAGAAAAAGAACAAAGCAGACGCCUCCAAAGACGAUGAGCCUACAGGACGCACACCCAAGGAAUCACAAAGACGAGAGCCGAAGAAGCCAUCAAGUCGGGUAGACGCAUCGAAGCGAAGCUCCAAACACGCGCCGCAGGAAAUGACGUCCAAGAAGCCCGUCAGCAGGCGCCGCGAAAUCCUCGCCGAUCCACGCCGCAGGACGCGCGACCCGCGGUUCGACAACCUUUCGGGAGAGGUAGACGAGACCAAGAUUGCCCGCAACUAUGCUUUCCUGGACGAGUACCGCGAGAGCGAGAUGGCAGAGCUACGCAUGCAGAUCAAGAAGACCAAGGACGUCACGGUGAAGGAGGAUCUGAAGCGACAGCUACUAUCUAUGGAAUCGAAGAAGAAAGCCCGCCAGAAGAAGGAGGAGGAGGUAAAGCUACUGCAGGAGCACCGAAAGAAGGAAAAGGAGUUGGUGGCGCAGGGCAAGCAGCCGUUCUACCUGCGCAAGAGCGAGCAGAAGAAGCAGCUGCUGAUGAACAGAUAUGCAAGCAUGAGCAAGUCGCAAGUCGAUAAGGCGAUUGAGCGGAAGCGGAAGAAGGUGGUGGGCAAGGAGAAGAAGGACUUGGCUUCGCUGGAGAGAAAAUCGAGACGUCAUUAG